AUGGCCCCGAAGAAGGAGGAGAAGCCCGCAUCCCAGGCCGCUGAGGCUCCUGAGGUUAAGGCUGAGGCUAAGCCCAAGGCUGUGAAGGCUCCCAAGAAGAAGGAGAAGAAGGCGCCGGCUAAGAAGGUCGCCAAGGAGCCUUCCGCUGGUGGGGAGGAUGGCGACAAGAAGUCCAAAAAGAAGGCCAAGGUUGCCAAGAGUGAGACCUACAAGCUGUACAUCUAUAAGGUGCUGAAGCAGGUGCACCCUGACACCGGCAUCAGCUCCAAGGCGAUGAGCAUCAUGAACAGCUUCAUCAACGACAUAUUUGAGAAGGUCGCCACCGAGGCUUCAAAGCUUAGCCGUUACAACAAGAAGCCGACCGUCACGUCUCGCGAAAUCCAGACUGCCGUGCGCCUUGUCCUGCCAGGCGAGCUGGCCAAGCACGCUGUGUCCGAGGGAACCAAGGCUGUCACCAAGUUCACGUCCGCUUAA